GAGGAGGCAAGAACAUUGGAGACAAAAAGUGCAGCACAGCAGUUUCAUCAUGAUGAUGCUUCUAAUGAAAUAAAGUUGUUAGGAAGUGAAAAUAUGACCGUAUACAAGAGGCGUAUGGAUCUGUCGCGUCCUUUGGAUUUGGAACAGUUGCCGAUACAAGGCAAAGACAACUACUCUGGUAUUGGUUCCCCCUCUCGACGCGGUAGCACCUUCACUGAAGGAUUUCCACUGGGUCAGGAAGAUGUUGUAGAUGCAGCUGCUAGAAACAAUCAUGGUUCAUCUUUCGCGAGUCCUAUCGGAGGUAUUGCUAGCUGCGGUUCCUGUACUGGGAGUCCCACUGGUGUCUCAUUGUGGGGAAGUCAUGACCGUGACUUACAAGCUAGUAUUAAGGGUAGGCUAGUAAAGGUGUUCCUGUUGCCGUUUGUCUUGACUCUCCAAGGGGGAGGGCAUAACAAACGGGGUAAGCGAACACCCAGACCCUACCUCUAAUAGUAGUCGCGCGAUAUUCUCAACGUCGUGCUCUCCUCGACUUAUUCUUACGCGUUCACGUGGAGGAAAAAGAGAUGGGUCGCGUGGAUCCCUUUGGAGGUCCUCUCGACCUGUAGUGUCGUGGGAAGAUGGAGGACGAUACGUAAAAAGCGCCACUAGUUCCCCGAGCAAUCGAGAACGACCACAUGAACAACCAGGAAUAAGAACCAUGACGGAUCGUUGUACUACUGCUGCAGAAUGUAGUUUUUCACCAUCAAAGGGAAAAGAUCAGGUCGUUCAAGAGCAUUUUCAUCUUCUUCAGGGAGAUCGAGAUGUUGUUGACCCCGUAGAACGAGAUGUUGAAUUUGAUCAAGAUGAACGAGACGAGCAGAAGGAACCUGUAGUUUGCAAGCUUAUCAAUCUGAAAAGCAAAGCAGAUGUAGAUGAAUUGAGGAACUACUUGCAACAGGAUCAACAAGAACGUCAGGUGGAGGAGGGUCGUGGAGGCAACAUGGCAAACGUUGACUCGGACGACGUUAUAAUGACCCCUGUGGAUCGCCUAAAAGCCGAGAUGGCAGUACAAUUGCGUGGUGUCCUCAUUGAGGCUUCAAUACCAGACCGAUUUGUAGAACGCCCUAGCAUUACAACCAUUCCCGAUUCGGGACUAGGUAAGGUAGGAGCUGAUGCUGGAACUAGUCAGCCACGUCGGGAACCAUCUUCGUUCUUGUCUUCACCUCAAACGAGUAGAGAUAAAGAUUCGUGUCAUCGUGAAGAUGCUGCUCAAGGUGCUGUUGCAGCUUCUCCUGUAAUGUAUGCAAAUGCACCCGUAGCCGUAGCAGGAGCUUCUUCGAGCAACAAGUGGUGGAGUCCUUGGUCGCUUCCUUUUUUCUCGAGGUCAACAUCAUGGUGGUCGCACGGGGAGAAGAGUCAGAUGGAGCUAGAAGAGCAGGGGAGAACACCACCGACACGAACACUAGUACUAGACGAAAGAGCAUCCACUUCGACUUCCGUUCCGGGCGAGAGCAGGCCCAUAGCCGCAGAAUGCACGGCUCUUCCUCUGGAAGAAGAAGGUGAUAUAAUCGUGGAGGAACCGGGAGAGGAGGUGUUGACUAUGGACUACAUUGAACGGGUCGCGAAGCAGGAACAGGUGGAUGGGAAGAGUGUGCGCAUUUUUCUUCUUCUCGAAUAUCUGCCCAGCGGCUCUGUUUGCAAUGCACUUGCUGAGACCGCUUUGAAGUUGUUGCCUCAAGUAUGACAGGAAAAUAAUGUGUACUCAACAUACUCAAGAAAAGAGGCUUUUCCCUACUUUUUAGAAAGUGCCUACUUCUUUCUUGAGGAUGAGUACACUUUUUCGCUUCAUCAUAUCUUCAAGCUUCCGACUCUUCAUCUGGAGGACUUCUUCAUCAAGGUCCGCAAGAUCUUCAAGUUCAUCAAGAUCUUCAUAGAGGAUUCCUAGUAGAGGGUGUAGAGCAGAUGCAAAGGGAAAGCGAGCGGUUGCAAAGGGAAGAAAAAGAGACCCUUGCACUAGUUGGCGCGUCAUUGGCGACGACGAUAAAAGCGAGGAUAAAGGUGAGCAGUGUUCUCGGCAGCACAGUUGAAGAACGAGAAGCAGCUUUUAUGCAUAGGGAUUACGUGAUUGCGAAAGUACGCGAAAGGCUGCGCCCGGACGGCAUCACAUCAGCGUUGCAAAUUUAAGGCUCAGCUUUCAAUGGUCAUUGGGGUUGGUCACUGAGAUCGAAGAGGCGACCCCUUGAGAGAACAGGGGAAAACGAAGGGAAAGGGGCGGAGAGCUUUGAAGGGGGUCCCUUCCGUUCAGAGUCAUGAUGACCAUUGAAGGCUGAGCUUUAACAAAUCCUUCGGCAACACAACCUCGGCAUCAGUAUCACCAGAUGGAACGACUACAACACAAACAGAUACCUGAUUGAUGCCGUCGAGCGUGACAUUACGCGUGCUCUAUCUUUGAUGGAAACGAUGCUUACUCUCUUUGGGCCAAAACUGUUGUUUCCAACCUUGGUGAGCCCUGCCGCACACUCGGACGCAAAUCUGGGGAACAUGUUGUUGAAGCGAUCAAAACAUCUGCAACCUUUGAUGCAGCUGCGAUGG